CUAUAGACGCCCCCUAUUGCGCCGACCAGACCAGAUACCCUUUACCUGAUUCGGGAUCAGUAGCAGUUCCUCUGUGUCGCGUCCACAUGGACCCAUCCCCUCUUCUCCACCUUCACUGCUGACUGGCUCGCUGCGUGAAAGUUUCAGCCCAAAAAAAAAAAAAAAAAGGGAGCUUCACGACUUUUUCGUUUACUCGAUAAAAACGGCCAGUAGUGUUUAGUCGCCACCGACGUCGACAUGGCAAUGUUGCUGUUGCUUUUGCAGUAUUACGUGCUGUCGAGUUUUGUAUGUAACGCGAUCGCUUUCGUGGAGGAACCGUCUGGAGGUAGAGCGGACGGCUACUGCGGGCGGAUCCUACGGGCACAGACCCAGGGGACCCGGCGGGAUGGGCACCAUGAGUUCCGGCUCAGAAUGGAAGGCGACCCGGAAGCCUACCAGCCUGGCAGCACCUACAGAGUGAUCCUCUUGGCAACCAGCCCUGCAUAUUUCAGAGGUUUUACCCUCAUUGCGCUGAAGGAGGGCAGGGAGGGCACCACAGAUGAUGACUACACCGGCCAAUUCCAGAUCAUUGAUGAAGAGGACACACAGUUCAUGACCAACUGUGCUCCUGCAGUGACGGAGAGCACACCUCGCAGACGAACCAGGAUACAGGUUUAUUGGACAGCGCCAACUACUGGGAGUGGUUGUGUCAUUCUGAAGGCAAGCAUUGUCCAGAAGAAAAUCAUUUAUUUCCAAGAUGAGGGCUCUCUUACCAUCCGGCUGUGCGAGAGAGAGCGUGUGUUUGGGGAGGCAACAGCAGACCCUGCCUUCGAGUGUUGUGCCUGUGGGACAGCUAAAUACAGACUCACCUUCUAUGGCAACUGGUCAGAGAAAGUUCAUCCCAAAGACUAUCCCAGACGGGCAAACCACUGGUCUGCACUGAUUGGUGCAUCCCACUCUAGAGGCUAUGUGCUCUGGGAGUAUGGAGGGUAUGCCAGUGAGGGGGUCCGACAAGUUGCUGAGUUUGGCUCCCCCAUCAAAAUGGAAGAAGAGAUUCGACAGAAGGGCGAUGAAGUUCUGACUGUCAUUAAGACCAAAGCUCAGUGGCCAGCGUGGCACCCGCUCAACCUACGAGCAGCUCCAUCCGCUGAGUUUUCUGUCGACCAAACCCGCCACCUGAUGUCCUUCUUGACCAUGCUCGGGCCCAGUCCAGACUGGAAUGUGGGGCUGUCAGGGGAGGACCUAUGUACUAAGGAGUGUGGCUGGAUCCAGCGGCUGGUGACAGAUCUUAUUCCCUGGGAUGCCGGCACUGACGGCGGUAUCACAUAUGAAUCACCAAACAAGCCCCUUAUUCACCAGGAGAAAAUUCGACCUUUAACUAGUUUGGAUCACCCUCAGAGCCCUUUCUAUGACCCGGAGGGCGGGGCGAUUACGCCCGUGGCCAGGGUAGUGGUGGAGCGUAUCGCCAGGAAGGGUGAGCAGUGUAAUGUGGUGCCAGACAGCAUUGAUGACAUUGUAGCAGACAUUGGUCAGGAGGCGACUGAGAAUGAUGACACACCUGAGACUUGUAUAUACUCUGGUUGGUCUCCCUGGUCGGCGUGCAGCAGUGCAUCAUGUGAAAAAGGAAGAAGGAUGAGGCAGAGGAUGCUUAAGGCCCAGCUAGACCUCAGUGUUCCGUGUCCCCACACUCAAGAUUUCCAGCCCUGCAUGGGGCCUGGAUGCAGUAUGCAGGAGCCAUCGGCAUGCAUGAUGUCAGACUGGAUAAGCUGGUCGGCUUGCAGCGUUUCCUGUGGGAUGGGAAUCAGGUCCAGAGAGCGUUAUGUGAAACAGUACCCAGAGGAUGGAUCGCUCUGCCAACUCAACACAGAAGAGACAGAGAAGUGUGUCGUCAAUGAGGAAUGCUCAGCCAGCAGCUGCGUGGUGACUGAGUGGGCUGAGUGGGAUCCGUGCAGUGUAUCCUGUGGGAUGGGUAUGAGAAGACGUGAGCGGAUGGUUAAAAUGACUCCUAUAGACGGAUCAAUGUGUAAAACCGAGGUGGCUGAAGUUGACAAAUGCAUGAUGCCGGACUGCUUUACCAUCCCAUGUAUGUUGUCACCAUGGUCUGACUGGAGCGAAUGUGGCGUCACGUGUGGGCGUGGCCUACGGACACGCCAGAGGAUGCUGAAGUCGGAUCCCGCAGGGUGCAAUGAAGAGUUGGAACAGACAGAGAAGUGCAUGCUGCCAGAGUGUUCUAUUGAUUGCAUGGUCUCAGAGUGGUCGGAAUGGUCAGAGUGCAACAAGUCCUGCGGUAAAGGACACACCAUCCGAACCCGCAUGGUAAAACGGGAGCCACAGUUCGGGGGCAGCACGUGUCCCGAGACCAUUCAGCGAAAGAAAUGCAAGCUCAGGAAGUGCCGAUCAAAACCAAAGGACGAGAGAGGUGAAGGCAAGAGGAGAAGAAAGGGUAAACAGGGACGAGGUGCAGUAUUAGAGGAACAGUCAGGUUGCGGGAUGCAGCCAUGGACCAGCUGGACAGACUGCACCAAAUCAUGUGGAGGGGGCAUCCAGGAGCGUUUCAUGCUGAAGAAGAAAAGAGCUAAAAGCACUCUGAUGGGCAACUGCAAGGACCGCAAGGAGAUACGCGCCUGUAACGUUAAUUCCUGCUAGGGGACGCUGUUGUGUUAUACAAGGGAGUAGUAGGAAAAAUAUCUUUCUAUGGGUGUGUGUUUGAUAUUGCAAAAAAAUUCAAGAAUGAUGUUACAGUGUACACGGCAGGGGAGAGCUGCACUUAGUGAGGUGUCUCGAGAGAAAAAGAUAACGUGAAGCCUGUGUGCACCUUCAGUGGACAGGGAUGAUUUCUUUAUUUUUUUUAAUUCUUUUCUUUUAUAAUUUACAGCACUACAGAAAUAUUAAAGGGUAUUAGCACUCUAGCUUACUUGUAUUUUGGUAAUUUUGACAUCUGGGGCAUGAACUAGAGCUACAUAUCAGAAACUGGGAUCAGAAUGAUUUAGAGCAAUUCGUGACAAAAUUUACCUCCGCUUGAUAAGGCAACGUAUCACCUUUUUAACGCACCAACUAAAUUCUUUUAUCUAGUGUGCACAAUAUAUACUUGAAAACUCUCGGGAAAUACAAAACAUAUUACUUACAUUUUCAAAUUUUUAAAAAAUAAAGAGGAAAUGACGACUUCAUUGACUUUUUUUCCAAUGCUAUCAAUUCCAAAUAACACCAGUUUUCAUUCUCUUGAGACAUAGACUAAAAAUGUAUACUGCUCACUUUAUAUGAUCAUUCAGAUUUUCUAAUAUGGCAAAAAGUCAUUUAACAUCGCAUGCUAAAAUAUCUGAUAAAUGAUCAGCUCAACUAAAAUUAAUUUAAAAAAGAUAAUGAUCUUUUCACGUUGACUUGUUUAAAUACCAUUUGAAGGGUAGAAACCAUCAGAAAAACAGCUAAUAUGUAAAGCAUUUUUUUAAGCACGGUAAACCACGUCAAACAUGCUGUGUUAUAGAAUGAAUAUACUUAAACAGCGGUGUAGUAUUUCUUCAACACAUCGAUGUGAACAAAACGAGUCUGUAAAGAUUAAUUAAUUGACUGUUUAUCUGCUGCCUAGCCAACAUUUAUGAGUAGCAAAUGGAAUGAUUACAAAUUGCUACAUACACUUCAAAUGUUUUUUUUUACUGUUAACUGUAACUGUCAUAUGCUGUAUUUGUUACUCUGUCUGCCAUAUCAGCUGAUGUAGCAUUAAAACUGCAAUCUUUCUGACUAUUUUAGCAUGUACAGUAUUAUUUUCUCUUUUUUUUUGCUCUGAUGAUAGUUGUAACAAUCCACUUUAAAAUGCAAUGCUAAAUGAGUAAAUCUGCCUUCAUUAGUCUGUGAAAAGCAGACAUUAAAAGUGUCACAUUAGAUAAAUUGUUGGGUUGUCAAUUUGUGUUUUGGCCUUAAUUAGUUUUAGGUUUGUAGUCUACUUUUUAUUGUGAUGUGGCAUUAACAUUCAGUGUUAUUUAUCGUUACCUAGGAAAUGAUGUUGUCAUCUUUUUCCUGUUUUGAUAAACAUGACCCUCAAAUCUCUUAUGACUGCAGGCGUUUUUGUGGGAUCGUUGGGGAUUUGUCAGCUUUCAAGCCUUUUUUUCCUUGUUUUCUUUUGUGACGGUUUUGUAAAACACGCAAUAAAAAAAAAAAGCGAAUGUCAAAAAAUUGCAUUUGAUGUUUGUUUUAGUUUUAUGUAUGAAAGCAAACAAAUACGAAACAAAA